AUGGGCUUCUUUAGCGCUGCACAGAGACUAAGCUUUGGACUUCGGAUGCCACCGGGGGCUGGCUGGCCGCCCUGCCCAGCCCCGCCCUGCCGGCUGCUGGGCGCGUGGCACAGAGAGGGAGUGGGGCAGCUGAGUCCCCAUCGCCAGCCGCCACCGCGCCAGGUAUACUUGGUAGGCUCUGCUCGCACAGGCACAGGCUUUGACCGGGCGCUGCCCCAGCGACCUGGAGCCUCGGGUCCUUCCUUGGCGUCCCGCAGGUCUCACGUCCCAAACACCGUUCUGCCUUGCCAAGAUCAGUAUUUUGUAGGAGGCCAGAGUUAUAAUUGCCCGUAUUCCACUACAACGUCAGAAUCUAGUGUUGACGUUUCCAAGGAGACUUGGGUCUCUUUCUGGGCUGCUGGUCUCCUGGACAACGCUGAGCCCCAACAAGCACCACAGACACAGGAAGCAUCCUGUGACUUAAAUAUCCCUGUUUCAGACUCAUGUCCGUGGGAAGAGGCUCAGCUCUCCUCUCAGCUCUACAGAAAUAAGCAGCUCCAGGAUACUCUAGUACAGAAGGAGGAAGAACUUGCUAGGCUACAUGAAGAGAAUAAUCACCUCAGACAAUACCUGAAUUCUACUUUGGUUAAAUGUCUGGAAGGAAAGGCCAAGAAAUUGCUGUCAUCAGAUGAGUUUUUCAAAGUGUGUGGAAAACUCAGAAAAGAGAAGAGGAAACCCAAAGAACACAGACAUGCCCUUGCGGAGAUACCCCAGUCCAAAACUGCCAAGAGAAACCUCUCCACAGAGUUUUCUAACUGUGAAGAACAACCUGGGCCCUGUGUGGACCCUUGGGUUCUUCAAACCCUUGGGUUGAAAGACCUCAAUACCAUUGAUGACACCCUACCAGCUAACUACAGUGCCUUUGCCCCUCAUCCCAGAACAGUGACCAGUACAUCCUCCCAAUUUCUCCCUGAUGCAGUUGGCUAUGCAACUGUUCCUAGAGAUCUACACCUUGACUAUGGAGCGGACAGAACACAUGCCUCCCACAUCACUGCCACCCACCAGCAAGACUGCCACUGUUUUCCUAGGCUUUCCAACCCUCCAGUAGGGGUGCAAACUCUUCCUUACCACAGUGUAGAUGUGUCUCCAAACAAGACAGAGGUGGCCUUUUCCACAUCUCUGAGCCCUCACUGCAAUGUGAAAACACACUCUUUUCAUCAGGGACAGGCCUUUGUGCGUCGAGAUGAGGAGGGUGGCUGGAAGUUUACCUGGGUCCCUAAGCAGCCUUAG